AUGGAAACCCGGAUUCUCAAAGUAAAGGUGGACGCCAGCAACAUCCAAGCACUCGGGCAUUGGAAGGACUCAGACAACAAAAAUGAAACCAGCAACCUCAACACAUGGGAGGUCCCAACUCCAUCAUCAUCAUCAUCAUCAGAAAACGACAACGACAUCCUAUCUCCCCUUCGCGAAGCAGCCCACCACCUUCGCACCACCGACAUCCCCGUCGCCUUCCCCACGGAAACCGUCUACGGCUUGGGCGCCGACGCCACCCGCAGCGCGGCCGUCAAGGGCAUCUACGCCGCCAAAGGUCGACCAAGCGACAACCCUUUGAUCGUGCACGUCUGCGAUUUAAGCAUGUUACGAUCACUCAUCUCCUCUCCUUCCUCUUCUUCCUCUUCUUCAGGUCAGAACCAGGAAGAAGAGAAAGACCCGAUCCCAGAAAUCUACCACCCCCUCAUAACCCGCUUCUGGCCCGGCCCACUCACCAUCCUCCUACCCAACCCCUCUCCCUCUCUUCUGGCGCCGGAAGUAACCGCCGGCCUGCCCACCUUCGGCUGCCGCAUGCCCGCCUCCGCGCUUGCUCGGUCGCUGAUCAAGCUCGCCAACGCCCCUCUGGCCGCGCCUUCGGCAAACGCCAGCACCAAGCCCAGUCCCACCGCCGCGCAGCACGUGCUGGACGACUUGGCCGGUCGCAUCGAGCUGAUCUUGGACGGCGGGUCAUGCAGCGUAGGUGUGGAGAGCACGGUUGUGGAUGGGCUUUGCUCGCCGCCGGUGGUGCUGAGACCGGGCGGCGUCAGUUUGGAGGAGAUUAGGUCUGUCCCGGGCUGGGAGGGGGUGGAGAAGGCGUAUAAAGACCAGGCGGAGGUCGGGUCGAAGACGGCGCCGAGGGCGCCGGGGAUGAAGUAUAAGCAUUAUAGCCCGAAGGCGAGGGUGGUGUUGUAUGAGGUGGAGGGAGGGAGGGGGGAGGUGCCGGGGGCGGAUGUGAGGGAGGCUGUUGAGGCUGUGGGGAAGAAGGAGGUGAAGAGUGUGGCGGUUAUUAGGACGGGAAGGUGGCCUGUUGCUGGGGGGUUGAGGAGUCAAGGGCUUGACGGUGCUGCCGCCGCGAAGGACAGCGGGGACAUGGCUGAGAUUGGGUUCGUUGUCAGGGAAGGACAAUGGCUGGAUGAGGACGAUACCACGGUAUUGGCGAGGCUGCUAGAGAUUGACUUGGGCGAUGAUGUCAAGAGAGUGGCGCAUGGCCUUUUUGCUGCCCUCCGAGAGCUGGACAGGCGCGGCGCGGAUGUAAUAUUCGUGGAGGGUGUGAGUGAUGGAGACGAUAUCGCGGCGGCGGUCAUGAACAGGCUGAGGAAAGCAGCUUCCGAUAUUAGAAUAUAG